AUGUCUGCUCUUCGUCAAGUUUUCACCUCUGCAAGCCGGGCUUUCCUGGUAUCCAGCGCCAGAAACUCUCUAGUAGCUCCUUCUGUUACAAGAUGUCUUGCAACAGGAGCCUAUGAGAACAUCAUCGUCGACCAUGUUGGUGAAAAGAAGAAUGUUGGUUUGAUCAAGUUAAACCGACCCAAGGCACUGAAUGCUCUCAAAGAUGAUCUGAUGAAUGAAGUGGCACUGGCUUUAGAUCAUUUUGAGGCUGAUAAAAAUGUAGGUGCCAUUGUGGUGACGGGGAGUGAGAAAGCAUUUGCAGCUGGAGCUGAUAUCAAGGAGAUGUCAGGCUUGACGUUUCAGGAGACGCUGGGCGCAAACUUCUUAGAAUCUUGGAGCAGACUCUCAAAAUCCAAGAAACCCACCAUUGCAGCUGUCAAUGGCUUUGCUCUUGGAGGAGGAUGUGAGGUUGCCAUGAUGUGUGACAUCAUCUAUGCAGGAGAGAAGGCAUCGUUUGGUCAGCCGGAAAUUCUCCUUGGUCUCAUCCCAGGUGCUGGUGGAACCCAGAGGUUACCCAGGGCUGUAGGGAAGUCUCUGGCUAUGGAGAUGGUUCUUUCUGGUGAUAGGAUCACAGCUCAGCAAGCUCUACAAGCAGGACUUGUCAGCAAGAUCUACCCUGUCGAGGAGCUACUGGAGAAGGCCAUCGCGCUGGGUGAGAAGAUCAGUAAGAACUCUAAGCUCAUCAACUCUCUUUGCAAGGAGGCCGUCAACACGAGCUACGAACUCACACUCAAUGAAGGCAUGCACUUUGAGAAGAGGCUCUUCCACGCUUGCUUUGGAACGGAGGAUGCAAGGGAAGGAAUGGGGGCAUUUGUAGGAAAGAGAGCCGCUGACUUCAAGGACAACUGA